CGCUGCGAAACACAGAUGCCCGUGUGUCUGGAGCGCUUAUUCCGCUGGAUGUUAUUGAUCCACGCCAGUGAAGAAACCGAGGAGCGCUGUACACCCUUCCUCCGUUCAUAAAUACACCGGGUUACGGAUUUAAAGGAGGGCUGAGACAGAAUAUCAGUUAAUGCCGUAUAUUCCGCACAAAACAGGACCUGUUUGUAAAUGCAGCAGAUAAACCCUUCAUUAUAAAGAAUACAUCUGUGUCUGGAGCGCGUUCCCAUCACACCAUUUCAAUAUUUGGCAUUUAUCUGCAGAUAUGGACGAAGAGAAUCAAGUACCUGAAGACCUGUCCUUAGAGGAGCGAGACGAGCUGUCCAACAUACGCCGCAGGAAAAAAGAACUGCUUGAUGAUAUUGAGCGCUUGAAGUUUGAGAUCGCAGAAGUGAUGACAGAAAUCGAGCAGCUCACGUGUGUGGGCGAGAGCAAAACAACACAGAGAAACAAACAAAUUGCAAUGGGAAGAAAGAAAUUCAACAUGGACCCCAAAAAAGGGAUCCAGUUUCUACUGGAGAACGACCUCCUGCAGCAGACGCCUGAAGACAUCGCUCAGUUCCUCUAUAAAGGAGAAGGCUUGAACAAAACUGUCAUUGGGGAUUACUUGGGGGAACGGGAUGAAUUCAACAUCAAAGUGCUCCAGGCUUUUGUAGAGCUCCAUGAAUUUGCCGACCUCAACCUCGUUCAGGCUCUGAGGCAGUUUCUCUGGAGUUUCAGACUUCCCGGCGAGGCACAGAAGAUUGACAGAAUGAUGGAGGCGUUUGCGUCCCGGUACUGCCAGUGCAACCCUGGAGUCUUUCAGUCUACAGACACAUGUUAUGUCCUGUCCUUCGCCAUCAUCAUGCUGAACACCAGCCUUCACAAUCCCAACGUCAGGGAUAAACCGGCCGUAGAGCGUUUCAUCUCCAUGAAUAGAGGCAUUAAUGAGGGAGGAGACCUGCCAGAGGAGCUGCUCAGGAACCUGUACGAGAGCAUCAAGAGCGAGCCCUUCAAAAUCCCAGAGGAUGACGGCAACGACCUCACACACACGUUCUUCAACCCGGACAGAGAGGGCUGGCUGCUGAAGUUAGGUGGACGAGUAAAAACUUGGAAGAGGAGAUGGUUUAUUCUGACCGACAACUGCUUGUACUAUUUUGAGUACACGACAGACAAGGAACCACGUGGAAUUAUUCCUCUGGAGAACCUCAGCAUCAGAGAGGUGGAGGAACCCAGGAAACCUAACUGCUUUGAGCUGUACAAUCCCAACCAUAAAGGGCAAGUGAUCAAAGCGUGUAAGACAGAGGCAGAUGGGAGGGUGGUGGAGGGAAACCACGUCGUCUACAGGAUAUCAGCACCCACACCAGAGGAGAAAGAGGAAUGGAUCAAAUCCAUUAAAGCGAGCAUCAGCCGGGACCCUUUCUACGACAUGCUGGCCACCAGGAAGAGACGCAUCGCCAACAAGAAGUGAAAUCUCCAUCCAAACCUCUUCCUCAAAGCCUGUUCACAGCAACACACACUGCCUUCUGGGACAGUCUUUGUGCGAGCGCAUGCUUGACGGGUUAAAGAGGCCCAGCAGCUGAAGAAUUAAAUGUUUAUAGUUCCUUUCUUUCUCAUAUAAAAACACAGCUGUCCUGAUCUGUUUGUAUUUGCAUGGAUGUUGGUAUGUAUACCUGGGCGGCUCGCUCGAGAGCCCAGAGGAAGUCGUUUAUGAACUCUCACUACAGUAUGUCAGAUAGAAAAGCCAUUUUUUUUUUAAAGAUAUGGCCAAUGACCUGGCGGUGUGAUCGACAUGGCCAUAAUCUCUUAUGGUGCUAGAAGACUUCUGUGUGCAUGUGACCGCAAUAGAAGCUCAAAUAGACGUUAAUGAUCCAAUGCCAACACUAGGUGGCGGUCUGGAGUCAGCUGGACUGAUUUCAUGUUGUUAGAGCAAAUGUAUAACAUAUAUAGAUUUAAGCUGAACUCUAUGCUGCAUACUAUCAUACUACUCUUACUAUUUUCACCAUAUCUUUCUAUGGCAGGAAUAGGAAAUGUAGUAUACUAGAAUUCAGCAUCAGUUUCUGGUACCAGUCCAUUAACCUUUCCGUUCUGCUCUUAGAUGACACUAUCUACUGUCACGUAUGAUGUUUUGAUGUAAUACGAAUGAAUUUGCUUGCUUUUGUGUUCUCUUUACAAGUAUAGUUGAAUAUCUCUUUUUAUAUUUAUUUUCUUUGUGAAAUGAUUUUAUUCUACUCAUAAUUGGUAAACUAUAGAUCUAAGUUAUGUGUAAAUACUGUAUACAUUUGUCUUCUUUUUUUUUUUUUUGUGUGUAAGUACAAUCUGUAGCAUAUAAAUCUACUGGCUCUUUAUUGUUAGGGCUCUUUGCUCAGCAGCCUUAAACUAAUGUACUUCUGUCAGGGAAAAAAAUCACCUUGUAAUUCUGGAAAAUGAAGUUUGUUUGUUUUUUUUUAAAGAAGAAAAAAAAAAUCCAGUAGCAAUUUAUAUGUGGUUGUAAAAUAAAAGCCCUUUCCAAGGGUGGAAUACUAUCUAAUGCCCUUUGGGGCUCCAGAUUAAUUUUUAUAUGUCUGUAUAAGCUAUUGGUCAAACUGUACAUGAACUAUAAAUACAUAAAACAUUCAUAAAGCAAAAA